UGAAGUCUUGCACAGAGCGUUUAUCACGGUUGCCAGCACAUUAUUUCGUCCAUCCUCGGGAAAUCGCCAAUGAUACUGUUCCUCACCAGACAAGCGUUCAAUAGUCCCAAGAAUAAACGGAUCAUGAUAUGCAAGAGCAUGUACAAAGAAGCGGGUACAACAAACCGUUAUUACCGGUGUCCUUCCUCGGCGGUGACGAUAGGCGGAUCUCAAACCCAUUGCAAACAUCAUCAAGCACCUGUCGAUCAGAUAUGAUUGUUUCUCCUAGGAGAACGCCCUUCUCGCAUCUCACCCUCUUUGCGAGUUGCAACAACUCAGCGUGGAGCCGAGAAAUGGGAAUUACAUGUGCUACAGCAGGGGUGUCUGCAGUACCUGGCCGAAGCAUGCCAAACCACGAAAGCAGUGAUGCGCAUCCCGCUUGGAUGAGAUUCAAGACCCUUCCGGAGUGGCACUUUCACUAGUAGGGAAAUGUCCCAUCCUUUGGCCUGGGCGCGCCGCUUCCUAUAGUAGUGGUCCCCCCAGCCCAUCUCAGGCCCCAAAAAUGCAUGCAUUGUGGCGCCGGCUAGUGCUGUACUUGGCGCACCCCUC